UGAGAAAAAAACCAGUAAUCAGAAUGAGAAUGCCAAGCAAGCAGGAGUUAUCAUCCACAUGUCAUGUGAAGAUAGGUUGGCUCACAGCAGCCUCAAAUGAGACAUCACUUGACAAUAAUAAAUACAGAGAAAGCAUUGCUUAAGUUGUGUGGUAAAGAGGUUCAUUGCUGUGAGUGUGAGGGAUAAGAUAGUAGUUCUGGUUAAGCAGAUAGUGAAAAAUGGCCUCAGCAUCAGCAUCUUUUCUCAAGUCAUCACCUGUUCUUGACAAGUCUGAAUGGGUGAAGGGACAAACCCUCCUCCGUCAACCUUCUAUGUCCGUCGUAAGAUGCAACCCCGCCGCUCCAUCAAGUCUCACCAUCAGAGCUGGUUCCUAUUCUGACGAGCUCGUCAAGACCGCGAAAACAAUUGCUUCCCCGGGGCGUGGUAUUUUGGCUAUGGAUGAAUCCAAUGCUACAUGCGGAAAGCGUUUGGCUUCAAUUGGGUUAGAGAACACCGAAGUUAAUCGCCAAGCAUGGCGUACUCUUCUGGUGACAGUUCCAACACUUGGACAGUACAUCUCUGGUGCUAUUCUAUUUGAGGAGACUCUCUACCAAUCCACAACUGAUGGAAGGAAGAUCGUUGAUGUACUUACGGAGCAAAACAUUGUUCCUGGUAUCAAAGUUGACAAGGGUCUGGUGCCCCUAGCUGGUUCGAAUGAUGAGUCAUGGUGCCAAGGUCUAGAUGGUCUUGCCUCUCGCUCAGCUGCAUACUACCAGCAAGGUGCCCGUUUCGCUAAAUGGCGUACUGUUGUGAGCAUCCCCAACGGUCCCUCUGCUCUGGCUGUCAAGGAAGCAGCAUGGGGUCUGGCUCGCUAUGCUGCUAUUAGUCAGGACAACGGGUUGGUCCCAAUUGUGGAACCAGAGAUCUUGCUUGAUGGAGAACACAGUAUUGACAGGACUUAUGAAGUAGCCCAAAAGGUUUGGGCUGAGGUUUUCUUCUACCUUGCUGAGAACAAUGUCGAGUUUGAAGGUAUUCUCCUCAAACCUAGCAUGGUUACUCCUGGAGCUGAGAGCAAGGACAAGGCCUCUCCUACACAGGUUGCUGAGUAUACUCUCAACCUCCUUCGCAGGAGAAUUCCCCCUUCUGUCCCUGGUAUCAUGUUUUUGUCUGGUGGACAAUCUGAGGUUGAAGCAACUCUGAACUUGAAUGCCAUGAACCAAUCUCCAAACCCAUGGCACGUAUCAUUCUCAUAUGCAAGAGCUCUUCAAAACACCGCAUUGAAGACAUGGGGAGGCCGUGCAGAGAACGUGACGGCAGCACAAGAAGCGCUUCUCUUCCGCGCCAAGUCGAACUCCAUUGCUCAGCUUGGAAAGUACACUGGUGAAGGUGAAUCUGAGGAAGCCAAGAAGGAAUUGUUUGUGAAAGGGUACUCCUAUUAAGAUGUUAUUAGUCAUAUAUGUUAGUAAGCAGCACCAACAAUUAAUGACGGAUAAUGUAUGGAAGACUGAUUCGUCCAAAAUGUGUAAUGUUUUUUAGUCUUCGAGACUAUUUUUGUUUGUGGUUGGUUUACAUGCAGCUUUACAACUUAAUAAUAUAUCUUGCUAUGAGGAGUUGUUGUGUA